AUGAGAUUCAUCAGUGCUAAAGGACUAAUGGGCUGUAACAACACCAAGGCGAAAAAUGGAGAUUUUUCAGGCUCCAGUAAUCGAUCAGAUGGGUGUAUUGCAGAAGAAUUUGCCACCCUUGCUAAACAGAAUCCUGUUGCUGCUACACUACUUGAAGAGUGGAAUAAAUUUGUAUAUUCCAUUUCCGGAGCGUCAGCAAUAAUAAGAAAAGAAGUUUGGGCUGAUUGCACAAAUAAAGGUCUGACACACCGUUCUGUUGAUACAGUGGGAAAACUAUUCUUGGUGUACAUAAGGAACGAUCUUACAUCUCGUGGAUGGGGUGGUAACUUUGACUACAGUGUGGUUGGGGUUUCCAAUCAGGGCUACUUAAAGGCUAAUGCCACAGUGGACUCCAGCAAUUCAUCCAGCCGCUCAAGGGAAUCCUCAUGGGAGGUCAAGGUGCAUUACCUAACCACGGCGAAGCCAUCUCAAUAA